CCCCCAUUACCCCCCAUCCUUUUUUUCCUGCAAAUAUCCAUUCAUAUUUUAAAUCCACUUAUUUUCUUUAUUUGAAUACAAGUUUUGGAGAAAAUUUGGGAUAAAAAAUGGCGUAUAGAAGGAAGCAGGGGAUCAGUAGAUCGUCUACUUUCCAAGAAGAAAGCAUUUUCCGUUCCCCUGGGGAACAAAAGCAGCAUGGGAUCAGCAGAUCCUCUACAUUUCAUCAUGAUAAUAGUUUUUUUCCCCCAGGAGAUUCUUAUGGCUCUUCCUCUUCUUCUUCCUCAAUGUCUCUUGCGGCUCAGGCUAUUAGAGCCUCAGCCGCUCAUCGUGAUCGCUAUCAGGAUGCUCUUUCCAAUGGAUAUAGUGAAACUCCUGCAAAUGGAUUUUGGGGAGUUUUAGCAAGGAAAGGCAAAGAUAUUCUUGAAGAAAGCCAGGAAGGACGCACAUUUGUUGACACUUCGCAAAAUCAUGUCACCGAUGGACGAAGCCCAUGGCAGAUGCAAACAACUCAGCAACAAACACAAACUAUUCAUGAAGAUCAAUUAAAAGCUUCUCGCGACGUGGCAAUGGCAACUGCAGCAAAAGCAAAGCUGCUACUACGAGAGUUAAAGACAGUUAAAGCAGAUCUUGCUUUUGCAAAGCAACGUUGCUCUCAGCUGGAAGAAGAAAAUAAAAUGCUUCGGGAGGCUCGUGAGAAGGGAGUUAACCCUGCAGAUGAUGAUAUGAUACGGCUACAACUCGAGACACUAUUAGCAGAGAAGGGUCGACUAGCACACGAGAAUUCAGUGUACGCUCGAGAGAAUCUUAUCUUAAGGGAGAUUGUGGAGUACCAUCAACUGACAAUGCAGGAUGUAGUGUAUUUGGAUGAAGGAUUUGAAGAAGUAACAGAAGUUUCACCAAUACCUGCUGUCUCAAGAAUGCUCACUUCUUCACCUCCAUUAUCCCCUAAAUCCAAGCACCAUUCAUCACCAUCUAGAAAUUCCUCUGUCACAAAUUUAACAGCUCUUGGUUCACAAGUAAAUACAAGUGUUCAACAGCACAAUGAAGAAUUACCACCAACUUCAACUUCUUCUUCCAAGGGGAAAGAUUUAUCAAGAAAAUGAUCCAUCUGUGUUGCUCCAAGUGCCAAUCAUGAUUUUCUUUCAUCCAUAAAUUAUUAUCUGUAUAGUAUAGUAUAUAUUAUUCUCUCUUGUCCUUUGUAUUGGUGGACUUUUGACACAUCUAUUAAGAAAAUUAUUUAAUAUAGCA